UGUGCUGCAUUACGCUUCUACAAUUUUUCCAGAAAAAAUAAGGGAUUAAUCCCAACGUAACAAGUUCCUGAAAUGGUUUCUCGUUGUUCUUUGAGCAGCUUCUCCUUCUUUGCAACAAAAAACUCCAUGUUGGGUCUUGUUUCUCGCCUGUCCCAGCCCCGAAACUACACUUCCCUUUCUAGAAUCACCCGAAACUACGCUUCUGUUUCACCUCCACCGUGUAAAAAGCUCUUCAAUCCUCUAUUUCAAGCGAGAUCAGUGGCAACAACUUCUGAAACUGUUGCUGGGUUCGAUGAGAUGGUUGAUGGGACUCAUCGCAAGUAUUACAUGUUAGGUGGAAAGGGAGGUGUUGGAAAAACAAGUUGUGCGGCUUCUCUUGCUGUGAAAUUUGCUAACCAUGGGCAUCCUACCAUUGUGGUAUCAACUGACCCUGCCCACUCCUUAAGUGAUUCUUUUGAUCAGGAUUUGACAGGUGGAAUGCUUGUACCUGUUCAAGGAGUAGAUUCUCCACUAUUUGCUCUUGAGAUAAACCCUGAGAAAGCUCGGGAGGAAUUCCGUUCUGCCAGUCAAAAGAGUGGUGGCAGUGGCAUGAAGGAUAUUAUGGGUAGCAUGGGCCUUGGGAUGUUAGCUGAUCAGUUAGGGGAUCUAAAACUAGGAGAGUUGCUGGACACUCCCCCACCUGGUCUGGAUGAAGCUAUUGCAAUUUCAAAGGUUAUGCAAUUUUUUGAUUCACAAGAAUAUAGUAAAUUUACUCGGAUAGUAUUUGAUACUGCACCCACGGGUCAUACACUACGGCUUCUGUCCCUGCCUGACUUCCUGGAUGCAUCCAUAGGCAAAAUUAUGAAGAUGAAGGAGAAGUUAGCUUCAGCAACUUCAGCUUUCAAGUCUUUUCUUGGGAAAGAAGAAAUUCGGCAGGAUGCUCCUCACAAGCUUGAGCAACUAAGAGAGAAGAUGGCAAAAGUGCGGGACCUUUUCCAUGACAAGGACACCACUGAGUUUGUUAUAGUGACAAUUCCUACGGUUAUGGCAGUGAGUGAGUCAUCAAGGUUACACGCAUCCUUGAGGAAGGAAGGUGUUCCUGUUCAGAGGCUUAUUGUUAAUCAGGUUCUGCCUCCAUCUGUAUCAGACUGCAAGUUUUGCGCAAUGAAGAGGAAGGAUCAGAUGCGUGCCCUUGAUAUAGUACGGGCUGAUUCAGAACUGGCCAGUUUGAGAUUAAUCCAGGCACCUUUGUUUGAUGUAGAGAUAAGGGGUGUUCCAGCUCUAAAAUUUAUGGGGGAUAUGUUGUGGAGAUAAUAUUACCUACUUCAGAAUUUCUGCAUAUGAUUUUUUGAACUAUUUUGUCCUAGAAAACCACCUAUUCAUAUCUAGCAACUAGUUUUAUUUAAUUUAAUAUAGUUACUGAGAAAUCUUCCUUGACAUGAUGGCUGAGACAAAAGGGCAAAUGAACUUUUGUCUAUUUACAAAUAUUUACUUGUAAGUAGACAAAAUGAAAGUGGGUAGAGUAGUUUUGGCUUUGAUGUGAGGUGACUCAUUCAAGCUGGUUAUAUGGAGGAUUGGAGGAGACUUAACGUGGAAGGUGCACAAAAAACUUGAUGAACUAAUAGUGCCGUUGACUGGAGUUGUCCUUUUUAAUUGCCCGGCUCACUGUUGAGAGUCUACUAAAACGAGUUCUUCUUUUCCAGCUGG